AACACUUGAAACGAUCCAGAAGCGGUGUAUCAAUCCCUAAACAAGACUGGCAUGCGAGACCGUUAAACGCACCAUUGAGCACUUCGGACCUUUGUGAGACCACCGCCUCAUUCCACCGGUGUUUCGCGCUAGGGUUGGAAUGUGUCUGCGCACACUUGGCAGUCUGCGUCGAGCGACACGAACGUGAAGGACUUACAUUUUGUAUCCCAUUUCUAAGAACACUGACAAAACAGUAUUAAGCGCAGCAACAGUUUUAUACCACCGCUGCUGUGCGUUGAUUUGGCCCCAAACCAAGGGACUAACCGGAUAUUUUAUACCUGGAAUGCUUUCACAGAACUAUAACCUAGGCUACAUGUAAACAGUUACUGUAAAUAAGUUUAAAAACGUCUACAGGAUGUGUAUAGGCGUAAUUUAAUCCUUCAUCUUUAAAUGAAAAUGGAGACAGCCACACCAGCUAAAAAGAAAACCUUGCGGAAAACAGCUCGUCGUGCCUCCCUCCGAACGCGGUGCCAGCGAUAAGGAUUGUCGGAUUCCAAAGCUAAUUGAGAGCAGUGUGCGAAGAGUGAAGUGAAACAAGCCUGCGAUUUUGACGUCAUUUUCAACACCUGCAUGCACACGCUACUUUCAGAAGGCCUGACUGAACAAGGCAGACGCUUCUUAAGGCAGAACAGAACCUCUGGAUGCAUCCGAACCUGAGUGCUGUUUUUAAGCACAGUCACGUUGCUCAGACUGGUCCGCGGUGAGAGUCUAUAUUUUACUGGUCUUUUGUUCUCCUUCUUCUAUUUUUCCAGGGCCAAGAUCGUGGCCAAACUAAACCGGUAAAACAAGUGAUGAAUGCACACUACCUAGCAUCCCAUUUCAAUGGCACAUAUUUGUGCAAUACAUAAGUAAAGACUUUUUAAGCAUUAAGUGCAAAUUAUUUAAAUUUUGACUUAUUUUAUCAUAAAGGUAAUAUAAUUCACACCUUAUAUAUCAUCCACACUGUUGGUAAGCUUGAUAAGCGCACAUUUGUAAAAAUGAGACUAGAUCUCUCUUAACCGUGCAACACUCAAAAGCCUCAAAAGUGCUGUGCAGUCAAAAUGAUUCCCCAUCACACUGACCUCAACCAUUCCAAAGACUGCACCAUCAUAACUAGUCCUCUAAAGACAUCAACAUAGAUUAGAGCCACAGUCCUGAGAAAACAGUCUUAGAUUAUUAUGGUUAAAUCAAUAAUACAGUUGAUUAUUAAACACUUAUAAAUGACUCAAAGCAAACAGCAUUCAGGUAGUAUUACUGGUCAGGGAAAUUCCUAAAGACUUAAGUGCCACUGUUGAAUAUAUAGAGUGCCCAGAUCAUGUUGCAUUGAAAUCAUACAGAAGACUGUAAAAAAAAAGAACAUUAGUUUACAUUUUAUGGUGUUUACAGUUGACCUUUGCUCUUAAGUGAAUAAUUCCUCAUAAUAAGUGCCAAAAACAGGAGAAUAUACUUACUUAAAAACCUAUGUGCUUAACAAAAACACUUGGAUUUGUCAGCUAAAAGCCUUCAUAGAUCAGAUAUCAUAACUCUGCCUCAACUGAUGUUUGAUGGAACACAUUUAUAAUUAGGAAAGCCAUUUUACCAUUGAGAUACAAACUUGCUUUAGCUUAUUUUGCCCUAAACCUCUGAGGAAAGGAGAACAGUGAGUGUUUUAUGAAGAUAAAAAAAACCAGCUCACUUCACCUCAAAGAGUAUUACUUCAUGACCAUCUCCAGCAUACUAAAGGAAUGAGAUGAACUUGCUGGAGUUUUGAUUGUUUUCCCAAAGCAUUAGGGUGUUUCCUCUGCUCUUUUGGAGAAACGAGUUUGCCUUGAGCCCGAAACGGCACUGUAAUCUCCAUCCCCCGAUUCCAUCCCAGAACUUUGCAUGAAUUGCUCCUUUUUCUUACAGACAUAUAAGGACUUCUUCAUUUAUUUAUGGACUGUUUUGAUACGGACUUAAAAAUACGUCGGACACCCGCAAUUUAAAUGCUUUUCAUGCAGCGUUAAGGAGGUUGUAAAGGAGGAUUCUGCAAUGGUGCAGUGCGUUGAGUCAGCAAGAGAAAAUAGCCUUGUUAGUCACAUAAAAAUGUUGCCCACCUUGGGAGCUCGAGUGCGUGUCACCCUCCUCUUCCUGCUAAUCGCUGCUCCGCUCAACGUAUCCUCGGCCAGUGUCCCAGAUCCCUCGAGACCCAGGAACACCUUCAGCAGACCCACGGUCAGUCCUACUGUCAGUCCCAGGCCUAGUAGCUGGGGGUUGUUGCCACCCCUGUCCAGGGGUGGGGCAAACACACGAGGGAAAGCUGCGACAGGUCGGCCAAAGACGCCGCCCCCUGUCGCGGAGAUGCCGCCAAGGCCACAGGCUCAGGUCAUGUUGUCGAAGAACGCGACGGCCGAUGCCCUGAAGCCUCCACUUGGCGCGGCACAGGUGGCCCCGCCCCCUCGGCGGCUGGUAGAGGUGGAUGUGUGUCGCGGAUACUAUGACGUCAUGGGCCAAUAUGACCUCACCUUCAACUGCUCCAAGGACGACUUCAUCUACUGCUGCGGGACCUGUCACUACCGCUUCUGCUGCCCAGAUCGCUCGCAGCGUCUCGAUCAAAACAUCUGCCACAACUACCACUCGCCCGUGUGGGCCAACACGGCCCCGCCUGGCACCAAGCCUCCCCACCACCUCCCUGACCCCGACCUCAGCCGCAUCGAGCAGAGCAACAACACCGUGUAUGUCAUUGGCGGCGUGAUCUCAUUCACCGUCGCCGUGGCGGUGGCUAUUAAGGUGGCAUUUCACAAGGCCUCACGGCAGCCGCGUAACCGGGAGCUCAACAUGCCAAGGGCCCUGGUGGACAUGCUGCGCCAUCAGUCCAGCCCAGUUCAGCAAGGAGAGAGAAACAACAGUGUAGCCCUGGGCACUGGAGGAGGGGAGAGUACUCUCAGCCGACCUCCCAAAAACCUUUACCCUACCCUGCAGAGCAAAGACAACAGACUGGGAAAUCUGCAGCACAACUUCAUUCACACUUCAGGUUCCAGUCCCAAACACACUGCCACCAUCGAACGUGUCCCACGUAUGAAUAACAUGCAGAUGACCAGUGGUGGGACACUGAAACCCAGUAAGCACACUAACGCCAUGAAAGCACAGCCCUCAUUCCAUCAAUCGCUGCACAACCUGGCUCAUCUCCCGCCCUCGUAUGAGGCCGCUAUGAAGCCCGAGAUCAACAGAUACUGUUCCCUCAAGCGCCUGGAGAAAGGAGGUCUGGAGGAAUAUUCCGGUUACUGCACUACUAAACGGAGACCCAACAAUGCCCCUCCGUCCUUCCACUCCUCUCAGCACCACUUGCCUUGGGGAGGUGACUACACCCUGGGAGGACGAGGCACGCUCCCCACCCAUGCCACCCGACCACGGAUACCCCACCCGCAGUCUGCCCCCAGCCACACUCCCAACCCCUAUCCUCUUGAGCCACCAGAAUCGAAACAGAAAUCGAAUCAGAACUAUGACACACUUUCCAAGCCACCUCGCCGAGUCAAGUCCACAGACCAGCUCCUUGCUCUCGGAGAUGGUAACACACUGUCCAGGAUCCCAAAGAACCAGCAGCAUCAGUACUACAAAGCCAUGAAUGCUGCAGCAGCAAAAAACUCCAAUACCCAGAACACACUACGCAAGUCUAAGGAGAGGUUGCUGAUGUCACCGGAUCACCUAGAGGAGGAGGUGGCCGGAGUUGAGUAUGGAGGAGGUGGUAGUGGCAUAGGUGGUAUGGGCGAAUACACAGGGGGUGGGGGCACGGUGCCCACCUUACCUCGCAUGGGCCACCAGAAGGCUCAGUCGCAACAGAAUGUCUGCGCCACCCCUUCACUCGACCGUCACCACAUGAUCAAGAUGAACUCGCACCCGACCUCAGGCCGGGAGCAGGAGCGAAACACGACCACCAUGCCAAGCCACGUGGCGGGCAGCGGCGUUGGAGGCGCGGGGUGGAGUGAAAUGCAGGGAACAGGGGUCGUCAUGGGAACAGGAACGCUAGGCGGACACACUGCCAGGAGGCUAGCGUUUGCGACCAAGAGGCAAAACACCAUCGAGCAGCUACACUUUAUCCCUGGGGGCGGGGGAGGGGGUAGUGGGGUUGGAGUGGCUGGAAACCAGGGGGUUAGGACAGGGAGCAAGAACGAAGUGACUGUGUGA